CUUUGCCUCCAGGGCCGCCGUAGCCAUGGCAACCGGGCGGGGGAGGAGGAGGAGGAAGAAGCAGCAGCGCCUUCCUGCCCGGCCCUGCGGCCGCCCGAGUGAGGUUCACCAUUGCUGAGGAUUCUGAUGAGGCCACUCCCAGCACCAGGACCGGGAUGAGUUUCACUGCACAGAAGUGCGGGGUCUGCUUCCAGCCCCCAUCCAUCGUCCUCAUCUACAGAGACCACAGCCAGGAUAAGACCCGCCGGCGCAUCAUGCCCGUCAGGAAUUUCUCCAGGUUCUCAGACUGCAGCAUGGCUGCCGAGCAGCUGAAGAACAACCCUCGGCACAAGCCCUACCUGGAAGGGGUCUCGCUGCAGCAGCUCCAGAAGCUCUACAGUUUGCUGAGAGGUCAUCUGGAAGGAGAGAGCCUGGCUGAGAGCUUGGAAAAGUUUCGGCAGGAAGAGACCAUUGACCCAGAGGAGGAUAUGAACAAACUAGAUGACAAGGAACUAGCCAAGAGGAAGAGCAUCAUGGAUGCGCUCUUUGAAAAGAACAGGAAGAAGAAGGAUGACCCCGAUUUCAUCUAUGACGUUGAGGUGGAGUUCCCACAGGAUGAGCAGCUGGAGUCCUGUGGCUGGGACCUGGAGUCAGAUGAAGAAAUCUGAUUCCAGAUUUCUGUCCCAGCAGAGAGGAUGAUGUCAGUGCCACACAGAACUGAUGCACAUUGGCUACAGAGAAUCCUGGACCACAGCAGUCCCAGGGUUAAGGGAGCUUUGUUUAAGAAGCCAGACUUGAUGAAAUGGAAACCGGGCAGCUGAAAUUGUUGGGUGGUUUUAGUCUUUUCCUACAUAAAAGAAUUUAUUUAAUCUUUCAAUUUUUUUUUUACAUUUCAGUCAGCUUUGGCUGAAAAUGAAGUGUUAAAUAUUCAUGUCCUGAAAGCACUGUUAAAGCUGCAUUGCACAAGUAGAGUGUUUCUUAUUGCCUGCUGAGAAGUUAAAUAUAUAUCAUUCUUUCUGGAUGCAUCAACAGUGCAUCAACAGUGCACUGAGGAUAUUACUCUCACAUUUCCUGAAAAAUGCUUAAAUCUCCAGUUUUAGCUUACAUGAAUAUAAAUAUUUAAGAAAAGGAAUAUCUAGAAAAUGAAUUAGUCUUGAAAGCACUUCUGAAAACACAGUGAUUUCAAAUUGCUGCAAUGGGGUGGUUGGUUCCUUACACUGCUGGAUGAUGCUUUCUUAUAAGUGCUCAAUUCUGGGAGAAUGUGCUUAAAGUAUCCAAAAAAAAUAGAGUGGUAGAAAGUCAAAGGCUGGGCUUUAGAGUAAAACAAAACCUUUACUCAUCCCACUGAAGCUUUUAUUCCCACUGUCUACCUCAGCUGGUCUCUCCUGCAACAACUGGAGGACUAAGUUUAGGAUUUUUUAGGAAAUUGCACAACUCCAAAAGCUUCUCGAGUUUCAGCUUUCCAAACCCAGGCAGCUGUGAGGGCUGUGGGUGAGAUGGGCCUUCAUCCUGAGCUGUUGCCUGAGGUAACUCAGAGGAGUUGUAAAUGGCCUCCCAGACUAGUUCCUGCCUUCCUUCUUGCAACCACAAACUAAAUAAAACAUGUUAAAUUUA